CUGCACUCCGGACAUGCGAACACGAGGAUAUUCGGUACCCCCACCAGUGUUGUUGAAGAGGGUGAAUUCGACUUCGAGGACGGUCAGAUCGACAUCGACGAUAUCGACGGCACUACCUCCCAGAGCAGCGACAGCGAUCUCAACUAUGGCUCCCUCGACGAACAUACUCCUGCUCCUUCCGUGUUCUCAGGGUUCGACUCUCGAUCGAUCUCCGCUGUCUCUAUAACCCCCUCUGCAUCCGAGGUUUCUAACAAUGCUUCAGAUGCUGCGAGCAAGGACGGGGACGAGUCCGACGAUGAGCCCGAUAUUCUCAGGGAUCUAGCUAAGAUGAGGGCGGAGGACCCGAAGAAUGAAUUGCUUCGUCCUCCUCCGGUUCCCCGUGACCCUUGGGAUCUCGACUACGAUGAGGAAGCGUCUCUCGAAGAGGUGGAGGCGAUCAUCUCCGCUCCUGCUGCGCCCACUGUCAACGUGGAACCUAGCAGCGAGUCCAUUGAGGUCGACGUCCCUUCCCCUUCGAGCCCCCUGGACACGAUCGCCGAGGCUGAUGAAGACGAAGGUCUCACUGAAGGCGACAUGAGCGUCGAAGUCGAGGACUACUCGAAGCGACCCACUCUCCCUCUCGUGUGCGCUCUAUUCCCUCACGGCGUCCUGAUCUCUGGGCGGGAAACUCUCGUAUACGAUACUCCCAGCGGCUGCGCUCGUCUGCCGACCCUCGGUCCCGACUACAAGCCCAUCGAGGGCAGCGGUCGGCUCGACACUCCUCCUCGCCACCUUUGGGAGAAGAUUGCACGCGCAGCGGAAGCGGCGUUCCACCGUGACCACGCUAAGUUUGGAAUGUGGAACUGGAGGGACUAUGCGAAGGAGCUCGAGGCCGAGGACGCCCUCCCCAACCAUGGGUCCCUCCAGGCUCUCCAUGAUACCUUCAACUCUAAAGGGUGGGACCGUCUCUCAGGAGAGUAUUUCCAGGAGGGUGCCGACCUCGGAUAUUCUGACUCGCUCGAUGACUUGCUCCGCGCAGAGGAUGGCGUGGACUUGUAAUUUGAUCUAAUAUUAUGAUAUACUAGUAUAUGGCAUGCCACCAAGGGUGUACCGUCCAUUCUUUUUGUAUACCCGUCGUUUCCAUCUUUGUACUGCACUGGAUCUGUCCUUGCGAUCCGCAUCUUUAUUCUGUUUACC